UAUAAUUAUUCACUUUUCUCUGUGCCUCGCUGCUCUCCCACGCUACGCUCAGGCAGCAAAUGGCGGACAAGCCGAGCCGGGCGCUGGUGUUGUUUGGCGACGGGCUGGCCCCGUUGAUCGGACCGGAGCACACCCAUCUCCACUCUGUCGCCUCCAAAGCUGUCUGCGGCUUUCUCAGCCUCCCCAACGCCCCACCUUCAGAGAGUGAGGAUGAAAGAAUAGUUCGGGAAUUCGCACUUCUUCUCGAUGCCCUUGACGCUUACCCCAUAUCGGGCAAUGAGGGACAACCGGAGAGGCCAUCGAUUCCUCCAAUGGGAGAAAGAUUUACGAGCAUGAAAGCUGGUCUCGUAACAGACCAUGCGGGUUUGAUAUCUUUCGCGAAGAAACUGGGGUUACUUGUUGGGGGUUUAACGAAAGGCAGCAACGGGUUGCUGGGGACGCUUGGGUUUGGUGAUGACAAGACAUACGAAAAAAAUCUCGAUGUGGUCUUUGUUCAUACUGGAGCAGGUGAAAUUUUGGAUUGUGAUAUAGAACACGUGAACAAUGUGGUCGGUGAUAUCCUCGAAAAAGCCCAGCGCUGUUCAAAUAUUGGGUCCUGCCUCCAUCUCUCUGUGGUCAUGAGCUAUGGCAAAAUCUCUGCAGAUUCUGAUACACAUUUGUCGGUUUUACGGCCUAAAUCUGAAGAAGAAUCCAAUCUAUCAAAGCUAUUCCCUCGUCAGAGUUAUACUAUGAGGGGUGAACAUCCCCGAGAUAAUGUCAGGCACCACUGUCCCAUGCUAAUCGCACAGUGGCAGAAUGCAGUGACCCGAAGGGAUACAGUGGAGACAUUUUCUUUCGAGGACUUUAAGGAGCGUGGGGCGAACCUCGUAAUACCAGCAGACAGGUUUGUGCAUGAAGUUGCGUUCAAGGUAUGGAAGGCUCCCAAAUAUGGGGCAUGAGAAAGGAUAAUACCCAGAGAGCAUCUCUUGGGUUGUCGGAGAAAGAUUCGACAGCUUCUGUUGAAGUGAGAAAAUUUGAGUUAUGUUAGCUUUCUAAGCUUGUCAAUGAUUUUCACCUGAUCAUUAAUCAUCACUUGGUGGACUGGUUGAUUAUUCAGUCUUUCCUUUUGAUGUGGGAAUUGUUCCUAUA